CAAAAAAGAAAGUGUAGAAUCAUCAGUUUGCUUUUAAGUAAUUUUCUUUGUAAAUUCCCUAGAUCAUGGCCAGUCCGCGAACAAGACGUGUUUUACAAGAUCUUAAAGGAACUAAUGAAAACAACAAAUGUUUCGAAUGCGGAACACACUCACCUCAGUGGGUCAGUGUGAACUAUGGCAUUUUCGUAUGCUUGGAAUGUAGUGGGAAACAUCGCGGACUGGGAGUACAUCUUUCAUUUGUAAGGAGUGUAACCAUGGAUAAAUGGAAGGAUGCUGAAUUAGCUAAGAUGAAAGUAGGAGGAAAUAAAGCAGCACGAGAAUUUUUUGAAGAGGAAGAAGAUAAUUGGGAUAACAUGAAUAUUCAUCAGCGAUAUAACAGCAAAGCGGCUGCUUUAUAUCGCGAUAAAAUCUCCGCACUUGCCGAAAAUAGAGAGUGGAAUUACGAUGAAGCUUUAAAUAAAAUUAAGAAAUCAAGUCAUUCCAUGUCACACUCGAAAUCCACUUCCGCUUUGCCUAAUAAUAGUUAUCAACAUGAAAGUUAUCAAGAUACUUCAUAUCAAAACAUCAAUAGCCAACAAUUUAAAGAUCAACGAGACAAUUUCUUCACUGGUUUGCAAGCUCAAAAUUCACAACGUCCUGAAAAUCUUAAGCCAUCUGAGGGUGGUCGUUAUGCUGGCUUUGGAAAUACUGUUCAGCCACAGCCUACGAGAAGCCAAUCAGAAGUUUUUGAUACAACACUCUCCUCUUUGAGUUCGGGAUGGAAUCUUCUAUCACUUGGUGCUAGUAAAGUUAAAGACAAUGCACUGAAGUUUGGAUCAAUUGCAACUCAGAAGGUAGUUGAAGUGUCGCAAAAUGUUUCAGAAAAGGUGAAAGAAGGUGGUUUGUUAGAAACCGCUAGUAAAGAAGUUACAAGUUUCGCCUCUAAGGUAGGAGAAUUCAGUAAACGUGGGUUAAGCAGUUUUACAAAUACUGGAUACAAUGAUAUUGAAAGAACCGAUAACGUUCAAUCUCAAAGUGGCGAUUGGAAUUGGGUUGAAGAUGUGAAGCAUACAAGCCACAAAUCAUAUCAAAAUGACGAAGACGAUUGGAAUGGUUUUGAAGUUUAUGAACCUGAAAAACCAACCGAGACAGUAAAAGUUUCCAAAUCAACAUCGAAAGUGAAAGCAAACACUUCUGUAGAUGAUUUUAGUAGCUUGGAUGUUAAAUCAAAAGUGUCAACAACAACUUCGAAACCGAAGGAUAAAAAGGAAGAAGAUUUAUGGGACAUGCUCAACAAUUAAAAAACAACAUGAUAAUGAAAAAAAUAUAUGUAGCUUAAAAAAAUUAUGUUAAUUGUCACUUGAGAAACUCUUGAGUAUUGUUUAUGCUUUCCUGUUUACCAACAAUAGCCUGGACUCCACCUAGAUACAUGAUGUUCUUUUUUUUAAUUUAUAUGUAGUUUUCUAUUAAAUUCUUGUGAAGAAAAAUAAUUAAAUAAAAUUUAUGCUAUCGGAAAACAAAUCCAAACUUUUAAA